GCGCCUCCUCCCGGGCCGCGCUCCCCUCCCGGCACCCGGCUUCUCCGAGACACCAACCUGCGGCUGCAGCGGCCGCCGGCGCCCCGGCAGCACCAUGACAGAUCAGGCCUUUGUGACACUGACCACAAACGAUGCCUACGCCAAGGGUGCCCUGGUUCUGGGCUCAUCUCUGAAACAGCACAGGACCUCCCGGAGGCUGGCCGUGCUCACCACCCCACAGGUCUCAGACAGCAUGAGAAAGGCUUUGGAGGUAGUCUUUGAUGAAGUCAUCACCGUAGACAUCCUGGACAGCGGCGACUCCGCUCAUCUCACCUUGAUGAAGAGGCCUGAGUUGGGCAUCACGCUGACCAAACUGCACUGCUGGUCCCUCACCCAGUAUUCCAAAUGCGUGUUCAUGGAUGCAGAUACACUGGUCCUCAAAAAUAUUGAUGAUCUUUUUGAAAGAGAAGAACUGUCGGCGGCCCCAGACCCAGGGUGGCCUGACUGCUUCAACUCGGGAGUCUUUGUGUAUCAGCCUUCGGUGGAAACCUACAAUCAGCUGUUACGCUGUGCUGCCGAGCAGGGCAGUUUUGACGGUGGGGACCAGGGAUUACUGAACACAUUUUUUAGCAGCUGGGCAACAACAGAUAUCAGAAAACACCUGCCAUUUAUUUAUAACUUAAGCAGCAUUUCUAUAUACUCCUAUCUCCCAGCAUUCAAAGCGUUUGGGGCAAAUGCCAAAGUUGUACAUUUUCUGGGGCAAACCAAGCCAUGGAAUUAUACUUAUAAUAGCAAAACAAAAAGUGUCCAAAGCGAGGCCUACGAUCCCACCAUGGCUCACCCCGAGUUUCUCAACCUGUGGUGGGACACCUUCACCACCAACGUUGUACCUCUGCUGCAGCAGUUUGGCCUUGUCAAAGACACCUGCACGUACCAGAAUGUGCUCUCAGACUUGGCCUAUACACUGGCUUUCUCUUGUGGCUUCUGCAGGAAGGAGGAUGUGUCGGGAGCCGUAUCACACUUGUCCCUCGCGGAGGUGCCGGCUACCACGCAGCCCUUUGUGUCCUCGGAAGAACGGAAGGAGCGGUGGGAACAGGGCCAGGCCGAUUACAUGGGAGCAGAUGCCUUUGACAACAUCAAGAAGAAACUUGACACUUACCUCCAGUAACACUGCCAUGUUCCCUGUGGACACACCCACUGCACAGGCACCCGUUUGAUACUUAGCGUCUAGAGCUGGGUUGAGGAAAGUCUGUUACCGCUUCUAGAGGCUUUGACUAAAACUCAUCAGUCAGAGUUUUUGUAGAGCAAGAACUGGGCAAAAGUUAAGAGGCGGCAGCUCUGUUACGGACAGUGGUCUGCUUUUUAACACUAGACUUCUUUAGCUGUUUCAGAAAUUCUCAGAUCGCCAGCGUACAUGGUAAACGAAACUCAAUACUAAGCUACGAAAAUGGCUACAUCGACUCUGUGGGAAAAAGGUACACAUCCCAGUUCCACAGCAGUCUCCCUCCCAAACAGCACCUGGCAUCCGUCCCCUGCUUGCUUGCCUUCACCUCUCACUAGACCUGCACUGUAGAAUUGCCCAGAGGCUGCCAGCGUCAGGGCAGCCGGUAGUAACCCUGCUGAGUGACUCAUAGCAACCGUGGCUUCAGCCACUGGCACUAACCCAUUCAUUUCCCAGCCUGUGUCUGAGGAUGGUCACCUCUCUCCUGUGUACAGUAAGGUGGCAGCAUGCUGGAAUGCUUUUGUUCAGUUCUGUAUAUUUGAAAGCAGCAGUGUGUUCUCUGAUGGUUUCCUGCAGCAGUACUCCAUAUGAAACAAUAAAGACUUAACUGCCAUAUCUUGAUUGUUUAAUUAGAUGAACACACACUCUUGGAAAAAAAAUCUCAUGAAACGUCAGAAUGUAUGAAGUUUGUCAAUUUCUAAGAAGUCUAAAGUUGGGUACCGGUAAAUAUGCUUUAAAAAAUUAUCUGAAAGAUUUAAAGCUAAUGUUCACUGGCCAUAGCAAUGAAUUUGACAGGGGAAAGGGAAAUCAAAUUUUUCUAUUAACUCGCAGUGCCUUCCAUAUGAAGUAGGCAUUCAGAUAUUUAGUAUAUUACAAGCUAGAAGUCUUCAACGGUUCACUGUCAGUGUCUGAACACGGUCAACAACAGUUCUCAGGAUGUGACAAUCGGCGCUAACCUUAUGCAGCAUUUAUCCAUGAUUGAAAGAAUAAUAUGAUAAAGUAUUUGUUAAACAUACAAAUAAUUCUAGAUGGCAAAAGAUGGUCAGCUGGGGAAAGGCAGAAUCCACACUACUUGCUCAGACAGCAACCAGAUUUCAUUCUGUUGAUAAAAUCAGGAGACUAGAGAAAUGUGAUCGGGCAGAAGUUGCAGUGGCUCUUUUUGAACCAGCCUUCAAACCAUAUUUUUCAUUUCUACAGUAAUAUUCUAUUGGUUAUGGGUCAUCCCUGUUCAAAGUGGAUGUGAAUCAAUACAGAGAGACAGGAACUGAACUUUCUUAAUAGUGUGACAUACUAAAUGAUAUCUGAAGAUAAACUCCUUGGACUGGUAGAGAACGAGCUGCUAAGAUCCCCAGGGACGUGACGCAUUCACGGAGGAUUCAAGUGCCUGCGCGUGUCGGCUCCCGUGGCGUGGAGACUUUCCCAGGACACUAAGCUCCCGGCCCAAGCCUUCUGGCCGCCGUGUCACUCACUCCCUGAGAGGCACAGAAUUCUAAUCUCCAGCUGAAGAACGUGACCUUACUGGUAUGGCUGUGGAAUAUGCAAUCCAAAUAAAAUAUAUUAGAAGAGA